AUAAAUUUUCUGAUUUUGUCAUUUGCAAUUACAUAGCAUCCUACAAUUUUGAGACAUCACCUCUAGGACAUCAUUGAUGAUUCUCUUCGAAUAAUAUAAAUUUCUCCGAGCUGAUGAAAUAAGACUAAAUCGCCGUCGUCUCUUUCCCGGCGGCUCUUAUCACGUUCAGUUCUACGACUGGAUAACCAUACACUAACCAUUUGGCCGACUCGUCUUAACAAAAUGGUUACCCUCGAUCGCCAGGAGAUCAUUGCGACUAACAAGUCGCUCCGUCUCAUAAAAAAUGAGCUUGAGCAUCUUCUCGAGAAGGGAGUUUUGACGGACGACGUAUUCAACUCAAUCAGUAGGGCGCUCCCUGCAGAGACCUCCCUCUCCGGCGCGCCUACACCAGUAGCACGAGGAGCUUCUGUCGCUUCACAUCCACCAGGCCCCCCGCCGCAACAUAUACCGCCUGUUAAUUCGAUGACCAACUUAGCAAUUAAUCCGAACCCGACACCCACGCCCGCACCUCCGGCUUACAGUUCAACUGGUCCUCCUUCGCUCCCUGCCCGCGCAGGACCUCCGGCGCCGCCUCCAUCAAAACCGAUCAUCGCACAUGCGAAGGCGCUCUAUAAAUACCAGGCCGCUGACGACCGGGAUUUGUCGUUCGAGCGCGAUGACAAGAUUGCUGUGUAUGAAUAUAUGAAUGAUGAUUGGUGGAUGGGACGCAACAAGCGGACGAAUGCCGAGGGCAUCUUCCCUAAAAAUUACGUCGAGUUAGACAAUAGCGAGAAAGCGGGAUUCUACGCCCCUGCUCAACCAGUGUACGCUACGCCUACGCCGGGAGGCAACGGGGGAUAUCCUCCACCGCCGCAGGCCCAGAACCCGUAUAACGCACAAGUUCCCCCCAUGGCUGUGGCGCAAGGAGGUGGUAGUCCCAGCACACCCGGCGAACCGAGCAAGCUGGAGCAGAAUGGUAAGAAAUUUGGCAAGAAGCUCGGAAAUGCUGCCAUCUUCGGUGCUGGUGCUACGCUUGGUGGUAAGAUUGUGAAUGGCAUAUUCUAGAUUAGGUUUUGUGAUGGAUGUCUGGUUUGUAAGUGGUUGUUUCUAUUACCAACCGUAACGAAUUAUAUUAAGACCGCAGUGGUAGUCUAUAUGCCCGGAUUGAUGGUACUAUUAGGAUUCUUAUAAGGGGUUUUUUUUUUUUUUUUUUUUUUUUUUUUUUGGUCUGGUGGCUUUGGGAUGAUGCGAUGUAUACCUAUCUACCCAAGGUAUUUUAUCACCAAAAUAGGUGUAGGAAUAUAUUCGUAACUUGAUCAGGUUUAUUAAUCGCCUUAUGUACAUACCUAGGUAGAUAGGUACCAAAUAAGGUAGGUACCUAGGUUUUCACAAUUGACAGGGAAUCCGGCAACCCAUCCGCUUCCAUUUGCACAAUACACAAGAUGUAUAAGUAGGAGGUAGGUACCUAAUGUUAGGUUGCAAUUUUUCAAACAUCCCCAACACAAACCCAUCUGACGCUCCAUAUCCUAACCCACGUUUAACCUUCAUCAUGUCUAAUAAGUCUCGAUUCUGCCCUCUCUGCGACAUCCUAGUCGACGUAUGGUUAAACCCUCACGAUAACCUAACCGUGGCAAAUCCUGACUAUCGCCUUAAUUGGUUGCAAGCAGUUCGAGCCU